ACGAGCCUGAGACACCUUAUCUCUCUCUCUCGGACAUUGUUUGAAACUCAAUCCGAAAGGGGCGAAAUCUGAGCCAAUAAAACCAAACCCUAAAAGCAAACCCUAAUUCUCGACCACCCGCAACGCUUUUUUGGUGUUGUGUGUUUGCUUUUUGGUGCAGAACAAAAGCUCGGGUCCAUGGAGUCGAAGGCCUUUGUCCCUCUUUCUGGAACAGAAAUGACGUCGCAACCUUCGAAUUCAUCAGGUUCUUUCUCUUCUCCUCCUAUUAGAGCGUCUCCUUCUUAUGGUUUUGAUACUGAAACUGUUAGAAAGAAGGAUGUUUUGGAAAUUAAUGGGAAGAGUAGUAGUAGUACCAGUAGUAGCAGUGGUGCGAGUAGUGAUGGUGAGUCUGAGAAUGGGGGGUUUGUGAGCGGGGAGGAGGACUUUGAGACGGCUUCGGAGCCAAUUAUGGAAGACCCGGAUGAGGAAAUUGUAGAAAAAGGCAUAGGAGGGGAAGGUAUUGAUUCCCCUUUUGUUGGUUCAUCGGAGUUUUUUGUGCCCAAGAUGGUAAUGCCAGUUGCGAGGGUGUCGACCGACGAUGAAGAAGAAGAGGGUGGGGAUGAUGUUGUUGGAGGCCCUAGAGCUAGGGUUUUGGGGGGUGAAGAAGAGACAGGAGAAACGGAGUCGAUUGGGGUUGGGGCUGAUGGUUCGAAGAUUGGUCUUGACCCGGGUGUGGAAAAUUGUGAAAAUGAAGGAAAAGGGGUUUCUGUGCAAAUGGAUUCGAUGGAGAAGCCAGUUGUUCGGGAAUUGGUGGAAGGAAGCAGUAUUGGUGGUGCCGCCCAAGGGAAUUCAAUUGAGGCUUUGGGAGCUGAUAAUGGUGAUAGCACUUUUGAAACACCAAAAUUUGAUGACCGUAUCAAAGAAGAUGCAUUUCUGGGUGGUGGGACCGAUCUAGUUGGUCCUCUUAUUGCAGAAGCAGCAGCAGAUAAUAAGCCUGUGGCAACGGAAAGUGUGAAUAUAGCUAGGGAAGGAGAUUCAGUUGUGGAUGCCAUACAUGUCAGUGUGUCCGGGUCUGGAUCGGCUAUUGUUGGGGAUGAGGGUUUCAGACAGAAUGCAGAUGGUGAGAGUGAUCAAGUUAGCCCUCUCAUUGCAGAACCUGCGGAUAAUAAAUUUCUGGAGGAGGAUGGUGUGAAGUUAAAUGGUGGAGGAGACUCAGUUGUGGAAGCUAUGCAUACCAAUUUUUCAGGGUCUGGACCAACUAUUGCUGGGGAUGAAGAGGAAAACAAAGAUUCUGAGAUUGAAGGAAAGGAGAUGAUGGUUGAUGAUAGUGUUAAAUUGGAUAAAAGGUUUGAUCAGAUUAGUGGUGAGUUAGAAGAACCAGUUAAUUCAAAAUCAGUUGGAGUGGAUACUGAUUUUGAGAAAAGUAUUAAACCUGUAACCAACCUCAAUGUUGAAACUGCAGAACUGGGAGAGAAAACUGAUGGUGGUGUGGAGAAAGAUCAAGAACUAAAUGUUGGUGCUGUUGUCCGUGAUGCUGUUAUAGUUGAUAACCAGGAUGGUACUAAAGGGGAUGCUUGUACUGAUAAAAGCGAAACUGCUGGUCUGAUUAAUAAUAAGGAGAAACAAGAAACAGAAACCAAGCCAGAAGCUGAUUCUGAAGCCACAAGGAAUGAGCCUAUUACAAAGAUAGCUGCUGAUGGAGUACAAUUUGUGUAUAGUGGGAAAGAAGCUGUUGGCAAUGAAGAUCAGGCAGUGGAAAAUGGUGCUGAAUCUACCACAGAGAAUCCAACACUUGAGUCAAAACAGUUAGAAAACAAUCUUACACAUGUUAAUGCUCAGGGCGCUGAACUGGAAAAUGUGCUCUCUGGCAAAUCAGAGUCACCUGAAUCUGCGGAUCUCAGUUCAGUUUUAAACCCAGCAAUAAAACUAGAUGAAACCAAUCAUCACUCAGAUGAAGAUGAUGAAGAAGGUGAGAUUGAAGGCUCGGUUACAGAUGAAGAGUCUAGAGGUAUGGUUUUUGAAGGUUCUGAAGCUGCCAAACACUUCUUGGAGGAACUGGAGCAAGUAUCAGGUGGAGGUUCUCACUCUGGUGCAGAGAGUUCUCGUGAUCAUUCACAGAGAAUUGAUGGUCAAAUUGCAAGUGAUUCAGAUGAAGAAGUGGACACUGAUGAAGAAGGAGAUGGAAAGGAGUUAUUUGAUUCUGCUGCAUUGGCUGCUCUCUUGAAAGCAGCAACAAGUGCAAGUUCUGAUAGUGGCAGUAUCACAAUAACCUCUCCAGACGGAUCCAGGCUUUUCUCUGUUGACCGUCCUGCUGGAUUGGGAUCUGCAAACCGGUCUCUGAAACCUGCUCCCCGACCAAACCGAUCCAAUCUUUUUACUCCUUCUAAUCUUGCAAUUGGAGGCGACUCAGAGAACACCUUGAAUGAAGAAGAUAAGAGGAAGCAGGAGAAGAUACAGCUGAUAAGGGUGAAAUUCUUGAGGCUUGUGCAGAGGCUAGGUCAUUCUCCUGAAGAUUCCAUAGUUGGGCAGGUUCUGUAUCGGUUGGCACUUCUUGCAGGGAGGCAAACUGGGGAAGAAUUUAGCCUUGAUACUGCAAAGAGGAGAGCUAUGCAGCUUGAAGCGGAGGGGAAAGAUGACUUAAACUUUUCCUUGAACAUACUGGUCCUCGGAAAAAGUGGUGGGAAAAGUGCUACCAUAAAUUCUAUAUUUGGUGAACAGAAGGCCCUCAUUAACGCAUUUGAACCUGCCACUACUACAGUAAGAGAGAUUAUAGGAACUAUAGAUGAAGUUAAGAUCCGGGUCUUUGACACACCAGGGCUCAAGUCUUCUUUCUUGGAACAAGGUGUCAACCGCAAAAUUUUAUCUUCCAUACAAAAGUUUACAAAGAAAUGCCCCCCAGAUAUUGUCCUCUAUGUUGAUCGUCUGGAUGCUCAGACCAGAGAUCUUAAUGAUUUGCCAUUAUUAAGGACAAUUACUAGUUCUCUUGGUCCAGCCAUCUGGCGAAGUGCUAUAGUCACUCUUACACAUGGUGCAUCUGCACCUCCAGAUGGACCAUCUGGUGCUCCUUUAAGUUAUGAGACGUAUGUUUCUCAGCGAUCUCAUGUUGUUCAGCAGUCUAUUGGGCAAGCUGUUGGUGAUCUGCGUCUGAUGAAUCCGAGUUUGAUGAAUCCUGUUUCUCUUGUUGAGAACCAUCCUUCCUGUAGAAAGAACAGAGAUGGCGAGAAGGUGCUACCUAAUGGCCAGAGUUGGAGACCCCAGUUACUGCUGCUAAGCUACUCUAUGAAGAUAUUAUCUGAAGCAAGUUCUCUCUCAAAACCUCAGGACCCAUUUGACCACCGCAAGCUCUUUGGCUUCCGUGUCCGUGCUCCUCCUCUUCCAUACUUGUUGUCUUGGUUGUUGCAGUCCCGCACACACCCAAAACUCUCUGCUGAGCAGGGUGGUGACAAUGGUGAUUCUGAUAUUGACUUGGAUGAUUUAUCUGACUGUGAACAAGAAGAAGACGAGGAUGAGUAUGACCAGCUUCCACCAUUCAAGCCUUUAAGGAAAUCUCAAAUUGCUAAGCUUAGCAAAGAGCAGAGGAAGGCGUACUUUGAGGAGUAUGAUUAUAGGGUGAAGCUCCUUCAGAAGCAGCAAUGGAGAGAGGAGUUAAAAAAAAUGAGAGAGAUCAAGAAGAAAGGUAAGGUUGCUUCAGAUGAUUAUGGUUAUCUGGGGGAAGAUGGUGAUCAGGAUAAUGGAGGUCCAGCUGCUGUGCCAGUUCCAUUGCCUGAUAUGGUUCUGCCACCAUCCUUUGAUUGUGAUAAUCCAGCUUACAGGUACCGGUUCCUGGAGCCUACUUCACAGUUUCUGGCGAGACCAGUUUUGGACACCCAUGGUUGGGACCAUGAUUGUGGGUAUGAUGGUGUCAACCUUGAACAGAGUCUAGCCAUUCUUGGUCAGUUUCCAGCAGCAGUUUCUGUUCAAGUGACUAAGGACAAGAAAGAGUUUAACAUCCAUUUGGACUCCUCCGCUGCUGCAAAGCAUGGGGAGAAUGGAUCGAGUAUGGCAGGCUUUGACAUCCAAAACAUUGGAAAGCAACUUGCCUACAUUCUUCGGGGGGAAACCAAAUUCAAAAUUCUGAAAAAGAACAAGACAGCUGCUGGGUUCUCCGUUACAUUCUUAGGAGAAAAUGUGGCCACUGGGUUCAAAGUUGAGGAUCAGUUCACACUGGGCAAGCGCCUUGUUUUGGCAGGUAGCACUGGGACUGUUCGAUGUCAGGGUGACGGAGCAUAUGGAGCGAAUCUGGAAGUACGGUUAAGGGAAGCAGAUUUCCCAAUUGGACAGGAUCAAUCUACACUAGGCCUCUCUCUAGUGAAGUGGAGAGGCGACUUGGCACUGGGGGCCAACCUUCAAUCUCAGUUCUCCAUUGGACGGAGCUCAAAGAUGGCUGUUCGGGUGGGAUUGAACAACAAGCUGAGUGGACAGAUCACGGUUAAAACAAGCAGCUCAGAGCAGCUCCAGAUUGCACUUGUGGGUAUUAUUCCAGUUGUCAUGGCCAUCUACAAGGCCAUCUGGCCCGGAGUUAGUGAGAAUUACUCAAUCUACUAGAACCUGUUUCAUUUUUCUUUUUUGGUCUGUCUCUGGUAGUUUACAUUGGGUAGCCAACCUGAUAUAGAUCAUAGUCUGAAGCACAUGGUUUCUUGAAUAAUGCUUUAAAUUUCAUUCGGUGUAGAACUACUACUGCAACUAUUUGGGUUAUGUUAUUUUGCUGUUGUCGAAUUGUAUUUGAGAAAGAGGUGGAACUGAGAGGGAAUCUAGUAAUGUCAUGGUCUGUUCAUUAGUUUUCCAUUGCUGAAUGAAUAAGAUAGUAUUUUGCCGUGUCA